GGAAGCCCAUUCAAGAGCUCGUGCUUGCACCGUGUUGGCGUCAAUCUUGAUUAUAAGAAUAUUAAACUAGAACAUGUGGUCGUUCUGGCGAGUAUCCUGUCUGCGCCAUCGAUACUGUAGCAGAGUAGACAGCGGUAAGCAACAACGAGAAUUCUGUUCUUUCGCGAGCAGGCACGUUACCAACAGAACCAUUGGUAAUUUGGCCGGAGAAAAAGAGAUCUUCUUCUGCAUCUCCCGACGCACCUCGGGGCCGACUACCGAUACAGUGUGUACACCACAUGGCAAAUAUCGGCCGACGUGAUCGAGUCUAAGCAAGACAGGGCAGCGCAUCAUGCUCUUCGGUUACUGGGUCUUCUCGGUUUCUACCACCACGACCAGAUUCCCGUCCAAAUGUUCUACAAUGCAUGGGACGGGUCGCAGUCAACUCGAGCCCUCGACUACUUACCAUGGACCGACGCGAUCUCGGGCUUUCUCGACUAUCGACAAGCAGUGCAAGCGUCCGUCACCUUGCUGGCAUCGUUUUCGCUGAUCACGAGGAAUACGGACGCUUCGAUAUCUCUCCAUCCUCUAGUGCAUGAAUGGUGUCGCGACCGAACAUCCGAGGAUGACGAGCGACAGCUCAGCUACCAACGAGCGCUGUCGCUGUUGGCGAGUUCUGUGAAUUGGAAGUUUGCGAGUGAAGAUUACACGUUUCGACGGUCAUUGGUGUCCCAUGUGCACGAGUUUCUGCGACUCGGGGAUCAGCUAGAUGAUGUGUCGAUAGAUGACAAAAUGUACCAGUGGUCGGUCUUGGCCCUUGUUCUAGCAGAGAAUGGAUGGACGAAAGAUGCUCUACCUCUAACGGAAGAGGUGGUGGAACUGCACAAGAGCAAGCUCGGGGAGGAUCAUCCUGAGACGUUGAUGUCGAUGCACAAUCUGGCGAUUUGGUACAGCGAGGCCGGGCGACGAGCAGAGGCACUGCAACUGACGGAGGAGGUGCUGGAACUGCACAAGAGCAAGCGAGGGCCGGAUCACCCUGAGACGUUAGCAUCAGAAAAGUUUCUUGCUUAUCUCUGUCAAGAAACUGAAGAGACUCUCUCAACACCGGAGAUUUCACAUCGCCUACGGCGUUCCAAACCGAAGUUUCUACAAUGGUUCCGCUCUGGAAGAAACAAGUAGCAGAGCUCAGAUAGUGAGUCUCUUCUACUCCUUGUAAUACCAAGUCCAUUCAAUCGUGGCGUAAAACUCCAACUCCCACCUGAAAUUAACUCACGUAUAGAAGUUGAACUGAAACGCAAGUUCCCAAGCAACCUCAAUUUAAAUACUAUAAAGUAUGCUUUGUGUGCACCAUUACCUCUCAGGCAGCUUACUUUCUAACACCAGACUCGACCUCAACGCCUGUUCAAGAAUGUGUUAACGCGCUGUAGCCAUGUGUGAGUUACGGGUGCACAAGGUUUCAAU